AUGGGCCAAGGUCUGAGCAUCAAAAAAUGUGAUUUCAAGAUCACAAUGAACAACAAUAACCACCACACAGAAGAAAUCAGCACUGAAAGGCUUUUGGUGAGGCGCGGGCAGCCAUUCACUAUCACUGUGAGCUUCUCAGCUCCAAUACACAGCUACCUGCAGCAGCUGAAGAAGACCUUCCUCAUAGUACAGACAGGAUCACAUCCUUCCAAAGCAGAUGGAACCCAGGUUGAAUUUCCCAUCUCCAGCCUGGGAGACCAGAAGCAGUGGAGCGCAGUACUGGAAGAACAGGACCCAUGCUUCUGGACCAUCUCUGUGAAUACGCCUGCCAGUGCUCCCAUUGGCCAGUACACUCUGCUUUUACAUGCCUCCAAGUCUUACUGUCUCCUGGGCUACUUCAUCCUUCUCUUUAAUCCCUGGUGCCAAGAUGAUGAGGUGUUCUUGGCUAAUGAGGCACAGCGGCAGGAGUAUAUUUUAAACCAAGACGGUGUCAUCUACUGGGGGACUGAAAAUGCAAUCCUAGCACAACCCUGGGACUUCAAUCAGUUUGAGAAAGAUAUUGUUGACAUCUGCUUCACACUGCUGGAUGUAGGUGAACGCAAUCAACGAGACAAGGAUCACACCCAGCGCAAGAGCCCUAUUUAUAUCUGCCGCACAGUUGCAGCCAUGCUGAACUGCGAUGAGUUUAGAGGAAUCCUGACAGAAUGCGGGACCCGGCAGUACUAUAACGGGACACCUCCUUCCAAGUGGCUGGGGAGACAGUGGGUUGCAUCACAAUGCAAGCCUGUCCGCUAUGGGCAGUGCUGGGUGUUUGCUGCAGUCAUGUGUUCAGUUCUGAGGUGCCUGGGAAUUCCUACCAGGGUGGUCACAGGCUUUACAUGGGCUCACAACACUAACGGCAGCCUGAGUGUGGAUGAGUAUUAUGACGAAGAUGGAACACUGCUUACACAAGACAAGAGUGCCCGUGUGUGGACCUUUCACGUUUGGAAUGAAUGCUGGAUGGCUCGAGUAGGCUUGUUACCAGAGUACAGUGGGUGGCAGGCACUGGAUGCCACCUGCCAGGAAAAAAGCAAAG